UAUCUGUUUUUCACACCUUCCGAGUUUUUUCAAUUUUUCGACCGGAAAAAAGUUUAAGAAAACGCAAGGCACACAUAUUUUUGGCCGCCUUGAAAUUCUCUAUCGAAUGGUGUAUGAAAAUCAAAAAAAGUUUUUUUUUACUUUAUUUUUGCUUUGCGUGCAUUUUAACAUGUAAAUAAAUGAAUAAAAAAAAUGUACGUAUGAUGAGGAGACGUGUUUAUCUGAUAAAUCGCUUUUGAACUCAGACGAUGCAUCAGGUCGACUCUAGUCGGAUCUAAAACACCUCAAAAAGUAUAAGUUCUCUGAGACCUUCUAUCUAGAGUUAUAGACAUUGUAUGGGAAUUUUAGCUUCUAGCUUAGUAUAUAAUCAUACAUCGAAUGACAGUAUUUUGACCUGAGAUUUUUCUCAACGACAUGUCUAUUUGUCAGUAGAAUGUUUCAUUCCACAGAUAUUAAAGUUCUGAAAAACAGAAAAUUCUAGCAUCUUUCGUGUAUACGUACAUAUAUAUGAAUGGUUUUUGGAGCUUUAAUAUCUGAAGAAUGAAAAGUUGUUUCGAGACGAAAUUUUUGGAGCAUUAUACUGAUAAAGUAGACUUGUUUGCAGGCAAACUCUCAGAUCUAUAUACCUUCACUCGAUUUAUUGGGGUAUACUCCGUGCCCGAAGCUAAAAUUUCAGUAGAAUGUUGUUAACUUUAGAUAGAAGAUCUAAGUAGAUUUAUCAUUUUCAGAUUUUUCAUUCCUCACUGAAGUCUGCAUGAUGCACAGAGUCCGAAUUCAAAAGCAAUUGAUCAAUUGAAAACGUACCUUUGUGAGAUUAUUUGUUUUUUCUCAAUUAUUUUAUUCAAGUUCCAUUUUCUUUUGCUAACCUAUUCUAUUUAGGCGAUGUUCUCGUCGUCGACUUGGCUUCUGGAUUAUUCUCGGAACUGCUUUAAUUCUAGUUUCGGGUGCCAUUAUUACAGCUGUACUUAUUACAACACUACGUCAGUGUUUCUUCUUUCUUAUUAAUUGCACGGUUUUUCGGAAUAAAUAUCUAUGUAUAAUAGGAGGACAAGCGACUGAUAUAUCAAUAACAACCACAACGACAAGUAUGCCUUGUUUUUGACAUUUUAUCGAAAAAUAGAACAUAUAGAUAUCUAUACAGUGAGAGCCUCUCAAUAGUAAAUACUCUUCAGACUUUUCAAAAGUGUUCACUACAAGGAGGCUAGAUCUUUUCUAUAGAAGCAACGUUUUCUUUUUUGCAAGAUGAGAGACAUUUUCUAGCUAUCUGAAGUGUCAGUGAAUAAAAAAAUUACCUAUUGCUCAUUGUCAUUUCUCUUUUCAUACAUUUUUCUACUUGAAAAAUUAACAAUUGUUAAAAUAUAGUAACAUUUCUCUAUCGUGAACAUCAUUGAAACUUUUAAAGAAUGUUUGCCGUAGAACUAUAUUAUAGCGUCCACCACAGAAGGUUCAUUUCCAACAAAACUCACUUCGUCGAACUGUGAAGUGUCUAUAAUACAGAAUUGCCAUUAAAUGAGGUUCUACUGCAUUUGUAUGUAGUAAAUUUUGAUUAAUAAGUCAUGCAUAUGGUGAAUCCAUAGAUAAUAUCGUUUCAUUUUAUGUCAAUAUAAUUCAUCCAUAUUCUAUUUAUACAACAUUAAAUUUUGUAGCUACUACUGCUACGACAACAACAUCGACAACUUCAACGACAUCGACAACUUCAACAACAUCGACAACCUCAACAACAUCGACAACUUCAACAUCGACAACUUCAACGACAUCGACAACUUCAACAACAUCGACAACUUCAACAUCGACAACUUCAACGACGUCGACAACUUCAACAUCGUCGACAACUUCAACAUCAACAUCUUCAAAAUCGUCGACCACAUCGUCGUCGACUUCAUCAACUUCAAGCACAGCAACGACAACUACUACGGCAAGCACGACAAGUACAAGUAAGUCUUUUGUUUAAGAGUGUCCUUUGGUAUUUGUUGAAAUUCAUUACAGCAUAUUCCUGUUCUGCAUCAGCACCUGCGUCUUUGGGUACAUUCAAUGGUGGUAGUGUGACAAAUUGGACUCGAUAUGCAUACAAUUAUACAGCUAAUCAAACGGCUCCAAUGCUUAUAUUUGGUGUGGAUGCUUCCAGUGAUUUUGGUAUAAUGAUUGAUGAUGUAUCUGUUGUUAGCAAUGCUAAUUCAUCUGUUCAGUUACUCAAUAAUCCAAGUUUUGAAAAUUCAUCAACACUUGUUGGAUGGAAUAAAUGGUGUUCAAGUACAUGUACCAGUGGUAUUGGAGGAACUGUAGUUAGUAGUAAUUGUCGAACAAUAGGCAAUUGCUAUAGAAGUGAAUGCAGUGGUGGUGGUAGUAGAGACUAUCUUAUUCAACAGUUUUCAGCUGUUAUUGGCCAAAGUUAUACUAUCUCAUUUUGGUUUCAACGAGUAAGACUUACUAGUGGAAGCACUUCAGCAAAAUUAUAUGUUGACAUUAUCUAA